CUCGGGGGCCUCGGCGGGCCCGGCGCCCGCCGGGGGAGGCGGCGGGCUCGCCUCGGCCUCGCGGCCGCCGCCGCCGCAGUGGCGCUCGCCCUGGUCGACGUGGGGGCCGGGCAGGACGCCAGAGCCGUGUCGCCCACGUACAAGCCCGGGCAGUUCCGCGGCUUCUGGAGCCACAACACGGGGUACAACGGACGGAUGCGACUGGACAAGGCUCUGAAGGUGAUAGGAGUUAUCCGGGGGCGCGUCAUUGUCGGGUUCAAGGUCGAGGAGGUCUAUCACACGAGCAUGCGGCUGAUUGCCAACGGAGUCACAUUGGACCACAUUCCGAAGAUCGACAAGGGCCCCUGGAGAACCCAAGAACAAAAGUGGGGCAUCCGCGAUUGCCAGUACGCAGAGUUCCCCCUCCCCGAACAGCUGCCCGCAGAGAUUCGCGUCGUCGGCACGAGCCGUAACGGCCACCCGAUCGAGGCCAGCUAUUACAUCGAGGAGGAGGAGGUGCCAUCAGCGGCCAGCUGGCACGAGAAGUACAUCAGGGGACCUCAGAUGCGCAAGCAGAAGAGGGUCCGCCAGGGCGAGCCCCGGCGGCUGCCCUCCGGGAUGCCCAGCGCCUGGCUCGAGGCAGCCCGGGAGCAGCAGAAGCUGCAGCUGCCUCCCGGCCGCGCUGGAGCCUACGUGUUGCCGGAGCCGGCCAGCCACCUGCUGCCAGCACCGGGGGCCGCCCUUGUUGCCCUGGAGCGGAGAGUUUGGAGCGCGCCUUCAUUCCAGGCCUGGAUCGGCUUCCAGCAAAAGGCCCGGCGGGCGGCAGCGCCGCCCGGCGGCGCCGCUCCUCCCGCCGGCGCGCGGCGGGCGGGCGCCGGGGCGCCGCCGGUGCACAGCUACGUCCGGAAGGCCGUGCUGGACAGCCUGAGGCAGAAGCUGAAGGCGGGCAGCCGCAUAGACGCGUCAGAGGUGGCAAGCCUGACGGAGGUGGAGGGCGCGCCGGACGAGGAGGUCCUCGUGCCCGUGGACUUGGCGCGGCUCAUGGACCAGGACACGGAGACGUACCGGCGCACGGCGGCCGACCCCGCCUUCAAGGCGAGGGGCUACGUGGACGCCGCGGAGCUCUUCGCCUCCAACCCCGAGGGCGCGCCGGCGGCCGACCGCCCCGCCCCCAUGUCGGCCAGGGGCUGGCGCGAGCAGGCGCUGGCCUCCGACGCGGAGGACUCGGACGAGGGCGGCUCCGAGGAGGGCGAGGAGGAGGAGCCCGGCGAGGGCGACGAGGAGGAGGGCGACCCGGCCGGCGACGACGACGCCGAGUCCGCCGGAGAGGCCGCCGAGGGCGGCGCCGGCGCGGCCGAGGGGCCCGCGGCCGCGGCGGCGGCGCCGCCGGGGAGCGGGGCGCAGGCGCCGCCCUCCAAGAGGGCGCGGCGCGGCUGA